UAGGUAUGGCGAUGACACUGAUUGUCGCAUCGCUUAUCUGUUCUAGGCACAAGUAUUAAUAAAUUACGUGGUCCGAAGAAUCGGCAGUCUCGUGCGAACUCUUGCGCAACAGGCCGCUAGACGGCCCGCGUUAAUACACACUUUAAAACCAAAAUAAGAUGCAUCAGCCAAGAAGACUGCGGAUCACCGUGAGCAUAAUACUAUGCUUCAUGCUCCAAGCUCAAGGUGCCGACAAGUACACGGACGAGAACAGGCCUUACGAGUUCGGCUUCAAGAUCGACGGCCAGCAGCACAGGCAUGAAUCCAAAGACAAAGACGGGAUUAUCAUGGGCGAGUUCGGCUUCAUCACGGCAGAUGACGUGUACCAUGUCACGGUAUACGCCACCGACAAAGAUGGAAAAUUCAGGAUUUUGUCCAUGAAGAAUAUCCACUUGAAAGCAUCUCCUGCUUCAAACAAUGGAUCGCCAACAUCGGCACGACAAGGGCAUGCUCUGGCAUUACCACCUCCUAAACCGGCUUCUGUACAAGCAUCAGCACCAUCAGCUCCGUCAGCAUUAACACCACCUAAACCCAUAUCUAUAGAGCCCCCAGCAAGGUCAUGCUCAUCUUGCAGUCUACCUACAACUACCACGCUAGCACCGCCACCUACCUACAUCCAGGCACCUGACAAUAAUAAUUAUAACAAUCCGAACCAAUUCGGUGCACCAGGUGCAAGCCCUCAAGGUCAACAAGGUUUCCCACCAUCAUCUUCACAACAAAAUGCCCAAGGUGGGUUCAGUGGUUCAGCAUUUGGUCCUCAAGGUCAACAAAACUACGCACAGCAAGGACCGGUUGCCCCUGGUAGCGUGGGCUCACAACCUGGCCAGGGUGCACAAAACUAUCCGGGCUCCGGCUCACCAAACUACUCCCAAGCACCAAGUUCUCCGAAUGGUCCUAACAACUACGCCCAAACUGGAGCUGGUUUCCCUUCAAGUGCGCAGAGUCAAGGGCAACCUGGACUGAGUCAAGGUGGACCUGGCCAAAAUCAAGGAGGAGCUGGCCAAAGUCAGGGAGGUUCGGGCCAAAGUCAGGGAGGAUUUGGCCAAAGUCAGGGAGGAUUUGGCCAAAGUCAAGGUGGAUCUGGACUUAGUCAAGGAGGAGCUGGACAAAGUCAAGGAGGAGCUGGACAAAGUCAAGGAGGACCUGGCCUUGCUUCAGGAGUUCCAGGAAUCGGUCAACGAAGCAGUUUCGGUCAGGAUUAUUCUCAGCAAGGCGGACCACCCAAUGGACAAAGUUCGUUCCCACAAGGAGGGGCACCAUCUUCUGGUGCACCAGGAGGAGGAAGGACUUCCAAACAAUAUGUUGGACCUGAACAGCAGUUCGAUUCCCAAGUAGGACCAAACGGUUCUCAAGGCCCAAGCACUGCUGUGGGAGGCCAGCGUGGCGCAACUAAACCUACACUGUUUUCGGCUCAGAUGCAAAUCGUUGACAAAAAUACUGACAUAAACGCACUCCGCCCUGGUGAACAAAAAGGUUUACCUCCAGGUCUUACGCAAGACGAUAUGACUCAACUACUGUAUACUUUUAACUACACCGUAGGAUUCCAUGGACAUUUCGAGGAAGGGUACGCGAAUGGUGUGAAGAAAGGAUACUACUACGUUACUGGAAGGAAUGGCGUUCGAACGAGGAUUGAUUACGUAGCUGAUGAUUCUGGGUUCCAUCCUAAAGUAUCUCAGGAUGUACUGGACUUGUUAUCUGAUGAUGUUCCUAAGCCUGAAACAGAGAAGGACGAUAAAUUCGGUCUCAAGGGCUAUGAAUUCAAAUGGCUGUUUUAUCCAGUUGAGUCUAAAACGCAAUAGAUAUGGAUUUUAGUAAGCGGUCGAGUGCUAAUGAACCUAGUGUUCGGCCGUUAACGUUGGUACAAGGCAAAAGAACUUCAUAGCUUUACUACAUUUUACUAUUAAUUUUAGGAUAGAAUAAUAUAAUUUACAAUAAGAUUUUAUAAGUAUAGGUAAGAUUAAAGUUAAUGAACCACUGCCAUGUAACUGCCAUAACGUAGUGAGCAAUAAAUGUAACUAUUAGUAUUCUGAAUAAGUUUUCAUAGAAAUGCAGGAAAACAAGAAGUUAAUCGUGUGGAAACAUGUUUAAAAAGAAAUAAAAAUGCAAUAUAAUAAAAA